AUGAGGCACUGCCCCGACGGCGUUCCAGAGCCCACUGGUGCUCCUACCCCAGAGCAGCUUGCUUCGCACUCCGCUGAGGAAGCCGCUGAGGAGGCUACUUCCGGCCCUGCCUCCACCAUCGCCUCCACCACCGUCACUGUCGUCUCCUCUGGAUCCACCAUGAUCACUGCCUCCGCAUCCCACAGCCACGAUGACGAGGACGAUCACGACCACGAGGCCACUGCCAGCACUUGCGAGCCCCACGGCGACCACUGGCACUGCCCUGCCGGCGUUGCCGAGCCCACCACCCUUCCUGCUGAGACUGUCUCCGGCACCGCUACCGUCACCGACGACGCUGCGUCCGCUGCUGAGUCCAGCGCUCUCCCUGAGCAGACCGAGAACGCCGCUGUUGCCGUUGGCGCCGGAAAGGUCGCUGCUGUCCUCGGUGCUGCUGCUUUCUUCUUGUAA